UGACUGUGCUGCUGCCAGAGCAGUAAAUAUCAGAGGAGUUAGCUCUCAUGCUAACGAGCUAGUUUCUGUUUUAAACCAUGUUUUAUUUGCCUUGUUUCACGUGGACAGUCCGCAGGGAGUGAGACGGAAGUGUGGUCCCGCCUGAGAUGAGUCAACACUCUUCACUGGAGCCUCCACACAGCUACCAAUAGGUGCAGACUUAGCUUAGCCUAGCCUAGCCUAGCUUAGCUUCAUCCAGACCCUGGCGAGCCCGGGUUAGCCGGAGAGUUGGGUUCGUUGCCCGCGACCAUGCAGGCGGAAACCGCGCCGAUAAGACCCCCGGAGGGCGAGGCCGGGAAGCUGGAUGUUGUCCCCCAGAUUAAGACCCCGAGCUCGGGGAGAGCGAGUGCCAAGAGCUGGCAGUACAGUGACCAUAUGGAGAACGUGGACGGCUACUUGAUGAAGUACACCAACCUGGUGACCGGGUGGCAGUACCGGUUCUUUGUGUUAAACAAUGAGUUGGGCUUGUUGGAGUACUUUGUCAACGAGCAGUCGCGGCCCCAGAAGCCCCGCGGCAUGCUGCCCCUGGCCGGGGCCGUCAUCUCCCCCAGCGACGAGGACUCGCACACCUUCACCGUCAACGCCAUCAGCGGGGAGCAGUACAAGCUCCGGGCCACCGACGCCAAAGAGCGGCAGCACUGGGUGAGCCGGCUGCAGAUCUGCACACAGCACCACACAGAGGCCAUGGGGAAGACCAAUCCUCCUCCCAAGUCCCGGAGCUACUCGAUGGCGUCUCAGGGCAGCGGCAGCUCGCCGAUGUCCGUGCGCCGGCCGAGCCAGAACCCCAACACCUUGUUCGGCUGGUCCCAGGUCAACAAGGGCUCGUCGCUCUACUCCAGCAAGAGGUCGCUGCUGCCCGACCACCUCAUGGACGCCAGAGAGAUGAUCACCCAGGCCCAGGGGCAGCACCGGGAGCUGAUCCAGAGUAUCGAGGGUCUGCCCGCCGCCCCCAGCCUCUCCCCUCUGGACCAGGACCUGCUGAUGCUCAAGGCCACGUCGAUGGCGACCAUGAACUGCCUGAACGAGUGCCUGCACAUCCUGCACCUGCAGCAGGUGGCCCGGCAGAGAGGCUCCCUGGGAGGACCCACCAUCGAAUGGCUGGAGCCCAAGCUGCCCGACAUCCUGAAGAACGGCAGCAGCUCCCUGGGCAGCUUCACCGCAGGGGAGGGUCAGCUGGAGGGGAGCGGCCUGGAGCUCAGCAGCCCAGACUCCUGCAGCUUCUCUGGGGAACAGGAAGACAUAGACGCGGAGGAUGAGCUAGAGGACGCCUUGGCAGACAAGGAGGAGGACCUGGGCGCCGUGGAGGAGGAGCGCAGCGUCAUCCUACACCUGCUGUCCCAGCUGAAGCUCGGCAUGGACCUCACACGGGUGGUGCUCCCCACCUUCAUCCUGGAGAAGCGCUCCCUGCUGGAGAUGUACGCCGACUUCAUGUCUCACCCGGACCUCUUCAUGGCCAUCACCGACGGCAGCAGCCCGGAGGAGCGCAUGGUCCGGUUUGUGGAGUACUACCUCACCUCCUUCCACGAAGGCCGCAAGGGCGCCAUCGCCAAGAAGCCCUACAACCCCAUCAUCGGCGAGACCUUCCACUGCUCCUGGAAGGUUCCCAAGAGACCAGAGGCCGCCCAGGAGCCUUCACAGGGAGGCGCCGAGCCGCCGGCCGCCCCCCAGGACCCCUACCAGGUGCGCUUUGUGGCCGAGCAGGUGUCCCACCACCCCCCCGUGUCCGGGUUUUACGCUGAAUGCCAGGAGAGGCGGAUCUGUGUGAACACGCACGUGUGGACCAAGAGCAAGUUCAUGGGAAUGUCCAUCGGAGUGUCCAUGAUCGGUGAAGGUUGUCUGAAUUUGCUGGAGCACGAUGAGGAGUACACCUUCACGCUGCCCUGUGCCUACGCCCGCUCCAUCCUCACCGUGCCCUGGGUGGAGCUCGGCGGCAAAGUCAACAUCAGCUGCGUCAAGUCGGGUUAUUCAGCCGUCAUCACGUUCCAGACGAAACCCUUUUACGGAGGGAAACUGCACAAGGUCACGGGGGAGGUGAAGCACAACACCACCAACGCGGUGGUGUGUCGUGUGCAGGGCGAGUGGAACGGCGUGUUGGAGUUCAGCUACACCAGCGGGGAGACGCGGGUGGUGGACGUCACCAAGCUGACGGUCACGAGGAAGCUGGUGCGGCCGGUUGAGAAACAGGGACCCACUGAAUCCAGGCGUCUGUGGCAGCACGUGACCGAGUCCCUGCGGCAGAAGGACAUCGACAAAGCCACGGAGCACAAGAGGAUCCUGGAGGAGCGGCAGCGGACGGAGGAGCGGCACCGAGCCGAGACCGAAACCGCCUGGAGGACCCGAUACUUUGACAGAGAGGGCGAAGGCUGGAUUUACCACAAACCACUUUGGAAAAACACUGCGUUCAAAUCCUAGUUCCUCCAGCCUCUUGGAUGCUGAUGUUGUAGAUUCAGGAAUGUGUGAGUCUGAGUGUGUGUGUGUGUGUGUGUUGAUGAAAUGGGAGCAUGACCUGCACUGGCGUACAGAUGACGGCGACACGUGGAGGAGUUCUCUCUCUCUCUCCACGUUCACGAUGAAACCUCCACGUUAUGAUCAGUCGUUUUUUUAGCUCUCCACCGUCAGUGAAGACGUUGUCCCACUGGUAAGGCGCCUCCUCUUAUUUACACAGCCUUAAGACGGGUGGAUGAAUGAUGCUCCAACCGGGUCCCUGGUUCAUCUGGUUCCUCUGGUUCUGGUUCCUCCGCUUCUCCUUGAUGGUGAAGUGACUCUCUGGGAACACAAGGACACAUCAGUGCAAUCAAACUGUUGUUAAGUGUGUGAAGUUGCUGCCAGACAUGUCCAUCAAACCCUAACAAUACAAACCACUAAUGUAUAUUAACCUGCCCACAAUAUUCUGAUCCGCCCCCCUGCCCCUGGCCUUCAUGCUAAGUGGCUCAUAAGCAGUAUAUAAACAUGUGACACAAUGGUCUGUAACACAGUAUAAUGUUGUAAGCAGGUUAAAUUCUUUUUUUUAAAAGAUGAGAUUUCUUUAUUGGCUUGUGUAUUAAACAUAUAAUGAAUAAAUAAAACGUUUUAUUAAUGUAAAAAGAUUUCUUCAUAGUUAUUAUAAAUUGCUGUUGAAUGCUACUUGUUAAUAAAACACUAAAUAUCCCGAAUCUGCACGAUCCUCGUUAUAAACCACAAAUUGUUUAUGCACUGCUUAUACAGGGAGUCACACCGCCCCCUCACGACCUCCGGUGGUACUGCACCAUUUCGUCUUGUUUUCAGAAGCAGUGAACACACGGGCACGGAAUGAAUGAGUCUUUAAAGCGUUUCCCAUGAUGCAACUUGAUAAAUUGAACUUCACGUUUAAACACUGGUGGAUUUGGGCUCUUAUCAAAUGAUUAUGUGCGUUUAGAUAUAAAGUAAAUUUGAAUUCCUUGCAGUGUAUCUCUAAAUUAUAAUUGUGUUGUUUGGAUGCUGUCUGAGUCGAGUCCGGCUGCAGGAGCGUAUCGUGUGCAUCUUCAGAUUGUUCUCGUCCUUCUCCCUCGUUUUAGUUUGGUGGUUUUGCGGCAGAUGGAAGAAUUCCCUCGAGUGUCUCUGAUCAUUCUGAAGUGACACGUUUCCCCCUGUCUGCAUAACUUCAAUUUCUAAAUGUCUAAUGUAAAAGCUUUUAACCAAAUUAACUUGUUUUGUAAUGCAAAUAAAUAUUUUCUUUGAAUGCGUGUUCAUCCCCCAUCUUUUGCUUUUAUUGCUCUUAUUUUUUAGAGCUUUUAUUAAACUCCAAACUCUAAAUUCUGACACUUUGAGUGUCUGAUUCUCUGCAGAAAGAGGAAACCUGCUCUGAUAAGCUCCUCCCUCAGUUCUGUGCCUUAUGCAAACUCUCUCUGUGUGUGUCUCCAGCACAGAGUUGUCAUCACUUCUCUCCCUGACACAUGCAAAUGGCCGAUGUGUGACUCGUGUGUUGGUUUUAUUUGACUUCUUCUUGAGACUCAUUUCUUGGUUUGUAAAUCUACUGGUUGUCUCGCUGACCUGAGACCUGCACUGACAGAGAAGGGAACCUGAUGUUGUAGAAACGUGUGUGAUGAAAGGUAAAUAAAUGUGUAUCAGUUGUA